AUGUUGAAAAUUUUUCUAAAAUAUUUCAUAAUUCUCUUAGCCACUCAAACGCUCCAUUGCGGCGAAGUAACCAUUAAAAGUGUCACCUGUAAAACACAUGAUGCCAACUUUUCAAGAUUCGAUUUGUGUGAAAUGGCACCAACUGCCAAAAAUAUCCCAGGCAUAUCCCUAAUCAUACGAUUUCUUCGAUUGCCGGUGACAAAUAUUCACUUCCGAUAUGUAGUAGGACGUACAGGCUCCCCUCCGUUGAUAGCGCUGAACAACAGUUGGGAUCUUUGUGCAUUUCUGAGAAAUGGAAAAUCGUCCAGGGCCUUGGCUACUUUGUUCAAACAAAUUGCCUCAUUUACCAACAUCAAUCAUAGUUGUCCCUUUAAUCAUGAUGUUAUCAUACAAAAAUUUGCUGUGCCCCAUGGAAAUCCAAAUUUCGUUUUUUUCCCUGGUGACUACUUUGCAAAAGUUGAGACUACCAUUGAUGGGAUAAAGCGAUUCACCAUAGACAUAAUAAUCAACAAUCAAAUAUAA